GUCUGACUCAGUGUGUCUUUUACCAGAACCAUUCUGAAAAUGGCAAUAGCCACUCUCUCACACUGCUCAACUUUGACUUGAACUAAACCAUUCGACAAAACCAGACCACAAAGGCUCUAACCUUCCUCUCUCUUAACAUCUUUUGUUUGAGUUUAGUUUUCUAAACAAUCUUCAACACUCAUCUAGGACUUCUCUCUAAUCUUCAGACCAACAACGCUCUGUUAGUAUUGGAAUCUUAUCCAAAGGAUUAUUAGCUGUCACCAUUGGGGUUUUGAACAUUAAUGGAAUGCUCCAGUGGUGACGGGCUUGCUGUUGUUGGUUGUACUGCAAAGAAGAAAAGGAGUGGCAUAUCUCGUCGACCUCGCCCUGAUUUACGAUCACUUAUACACUCCUCUACUUUUCUGCAACCAUCCACACAAUCUAUAGAUGGAAAUCAAUAUUUCAAAGAUACUAUGGUUGGUUCUGAUGGAUUAGGGGGUGAGAAUAGGCUGAAGCUUAAGCUCAAGUUUGGUGGUGUUACUCAUACAAUUCAAACAAAUUCCACAGUGGAGCAUUCUCAGCACCGGCAGAAGCAGGACAAAGAUAUACAUUACUUCUAUCAUUCAGAAAAAGGAGAAGGCAAUGGAGUUCAUAGGAAGGAUUUUUCCAGAAGUGGUUCUAGUUACUUAAAGCUGAGUUCUUCAAGGGGAAAGACAUCUGAGGGUGUAUCUGUGAACGAAUCACAUGAGUCAAUUCGUAAGAGUAAGCGGGUUCCUAAGAGACGUGCCUUGGAUGUGGAUUUUGAUGGAGAUGAUGCUAAUGAAGAUGAUGAACUACGUUAUCUUGGGAGACUCAAUGUUCCCAAGGUUGUGGCUAGUUAUGAAUAUGAGGAGGCAGUAAUUGGGAAAGAACUGGGGAUAUAUGAUGAUAAAGAUUAUGUGGAAGAAGAAGAACCUAUGUCAGAUGAUGAACCUGAUUCUAAGAAGAAGAAACUUGAAAAGGUUGUUCUUGAUUCAUUUGUGGAUCAGAGAAAUGAAUUGAUUCCCACUACACGUAAUCGGGCCCUUCAGUCUGGGAAAGACAUUUUAUCUGGGUCUGGUGGUAGCCUCAUUGAGUUCCCAAAUGGUUUACCUCCUGCCCCAUCUAAAAAACAAAAGGAGAAACUAUCUGAGGUGGAGCAACAAUUGAAGAAAGCUGAGGCUGCACAAAGACGUAGAACACAAUCAGAGAAGGCGGCUCGAGAAGCUCAGGCUGAGGCAAUCAGGAAAAUACGUGGCCUAGAGUCUGGAAGAAAGAAGAAGGAUGAAAAGCUGAAGAAGCAACGGGAUGAGUUGGCUCAGGGUAAGGCUGCUAAAUCUGGUACACUUGCAUUGAAUACUGUCAGAUGGGUUCUUGGUCCCAGUGGAACUGUUGUUAUUUUUUCUGAAGAUAUUGGCCUACCAAACAUAUUCAAUCCGGUUCCCUGCAGUUAUCCUCCGCCACGUGAGAGAUGUGCUGGUCCAAAUUGUACAAAUGCAUACAAGUACCGAGAUUCUAAAUCGAAGCUUCCCCUCUGCAGUCUCCAAUGUUACAGGGCAAUACAUGAAAAGAAGCAUCCUUUGAUCUCCUGCUGACGUGGUUACGUGUUCUUCCUGCAUGGAUACAGAAAUGUUGUCAGUCAAUUUUUGUAAGUUGUGAAUCGUGGAACAACCGAAUUAUCAGUUCAAUGGAGGUCGGUUUAACCAGGUUUGGCUUCACAAUGUGAUGUGAUACAAGAGCUCUGUUGUUCUGACUGAUUAUCAGGUUAGUCGUGCAUUGUAGAUGUACUUGGCUUCACCAUUUGGUAUUAUAUACAUUCCUUUUGCACUCAGCAAAAUGCCUGAAAUGUUUUUUUUGUAGGACUAUUGCAAACUGAACCAACCGAAUUCCAGAAAACUGUAUUUGUAUGGCCAGUAUAUAGUUCUGAAACUUUACAGAUACAGAAAUGUAAAACUGUAAAAUAGAUCAACCAGAACUCUGCCAUUUUUUCUUUUUUUCUUUCUUUUUUUUAAUGCUAAGCUUAAUAUUAUUACAAAUCCAUUAUUGUCUACACAGCCGGAUCAUUUUGAUCUGCCUUUUCCACA